AUGAAGGCCAAUCUGGCAAAAUUGCCUACGGAGGAGAGGGCCGCCCGGGCUGCUGCUCGGAAGGAGAAGAAGAAGGAGGAGAAGAAGGAAAAGAAAGAGAAGAAGAAGAAGGAGAAGAAGGAGAAGAAGGAGAAGAAGGAGAAGAAGGAGAAGAAGGAGGACGUCAAGCAGGGCCACCAUGGCUCUGGUCGUGGCUCGUAUCGUGGUCGUGGUCGUGGCCGUGGCGGUAUCUCAAGAUACACCCAAGGUCAGAGUUGCGGUUGGCCCGUGAUCGCCAAUAGGGGUAGUGCCCCUGUUGUAGGUAAUAUACUUACAACAUUUUUGUGGGUUCCUUCGCAAAUUUGUGGCUUCCGACAAGCUAAGCUUACGUCUAGUCGGAGCUUUCCAAUACCUACAACAAUUCCGUAUGAAAGUCUUCCAUUGGCCUGGGAAGUCGAACAAGAUUACGGACGCACUCUCCCGCUUAGCAGCCAGCUCCCAACCCCCACGCACGAGUGGAGGGAUGACCUGGAUGCCAUCGAAGUCUUUUGCACGGAAAUCCCCCUCGAGUGGUAUCGAUAUCGGGAAGCCCUACGAUCUGCAUACCAGCUUCGAGUCGGAGAAGCCUUGGCAUAUAUCGGAGCUACGAUGGAAAGGAUGACGGACAACGACUUGGCGGAGCAGGGGGCUUCUGGAAACAUCGCCAAGGAAGCCCUGGACCUGAAUCUUUGGACCUCAUUUAUCGAUACAUUUUGCUUUUUUAGAACCGAUGUCAUGUACGAGUAUUCCUCCUGCUGGAGUGCCUCGGCCAGAGCCGCAUCGUCCUGA